CAACUCCACACUCCCUUGCAUCUGUGCCCCUAGCUAUCUAUAUCCUAUACAAGUCGCAUCUUCAAGAUAAACCCAUUAAGUAACCCUCCUCCAUGCAUAUACCCUUCAAAUUAAAACCAUUAUACCAUUAAAUAUUCUACAAGAACAUCAAAAUAAUUAAACUGUCUUAGUCUUUUAAAGGAAAAAUAAUUAUGGGUUGUUCUGCGUCUAAGAAAAUUGAUGCUACAAGCCCAUAUAUCUACCGUCCACCACCAUCUAGUUUUGCAGUUUUUGAUUUUAACGCCAUUGAAGAGCCAUGGUUAAAGCUUGAAAAUGGUUUACAGCUUGAGAGUAAUCAGCAAAAGCCUUCACACGUACCGACUCCAUUGUUAGAGAAGCUUGAUACCUUUGAGAAGGAGGUUUCUGAUGGGCCUCGCACGUGGGAAGAAGUUAGUAAGGCGUUGGAAGAGAUUAAGAAGCCCGUUGUAACCGAUUCUGUUCCCAAGAAGCCCAAGUCGAAGAAUGAACCGGUAUCAGACUCACCGAUUAAGAAGAAUUUUAUCUUCCAUACUCUUGAAGAAUUGGAUAAGAAAGAUGGGGGUAAGGAAACUGAGUCGACUCGGAAGGAAGAACACGGUGAGAAUGAAGCUAAAAAACAGCUAACUCGGUUGAGGAAGACUGAGUCAAAUCGGAAUGAGUUGCCGAGUCCGAUUGUUGUUAACUCGGAUGUUAGCGGGUCAUUGAAGGCUAACCCGUUUAUAAUGAGAGAUAGGUUAGAAAGGGAGAAGGAAGGAAAAGAGGCGGCUUAUGAUAAGAUAAUGAAAAGUAAAAGGGACCCACUAAGUGAUUUUCCCGAAAUAUGUCCUCCUAGUGGGGCCCAAUUGGUGGUGCUUUAUACGACGUCGUUGGGAGGUGUACGGAAGACUUUUGAAGAUUGCAACCGAGUUAGAGCGAUUCUAGAGAAUCACCGAGUCGUGUUCGAUGAGCGAGACGUGUCGUUACAUGGGCAAUUCUUAAGCGAGUUGAAGGAGUUGAUAGAUGGGGCGGUUGUUCCGGUGCCGAGGUUGUUUGUGAAGGGGAGAUAUUUGGGUGGGGGAGAUGAGGUAGUGGAGUUAAACGAGUCGGGUCAACUCGGUAGGAUAUUGAGUUCAGCCCGAGUUGAGAGAGGGAUAGGUUGGCAAGGGUGUGAAGGAUGUGGUGGAGCAAGAUUUGUGCCUUGUUUGGAAUGUGGAGGGAGUUGCAAGUUGGUGAAUGGGGAUGGCAAAGAAAGAUGUCCCAAGUGCAAUGAAAAUGGGUUGGCUCAUUGUCCUAUGUGCCAUUAAGGUUGUCUCCUUUGGCUUAUAGUCUAUAGAUGAUAUAAUUCCUCUGUUAUGAUAUAGGCACUACAUAGGAGUUCUUGAAAUUGUUCAUUGUCCAAGUUUAUUUUAUGUAUUGUGGCUAAUAUGUUAGAAAAAAUAUAGUUAAGUGGAAUCUUGUUUCAAUUAUCUAAUCGUAUACUUUCAUAAUAUUAAAUUUUAUAAUUUUUUAAUGUAUAUAGUUUAAUAUAAAAAUGAUCAAAAUAACACAUUGAAUUGCGUAAAAAGUUAAAUAUAGCAAGUAUAAUAGAGCGAAGAAAGUACAAGUUUGUGUAAGAAUUAAGAUAGUCUUUGUUUUUAGAGAACAGUGAGUUUUAUCAAUCUUAUGAAUGUGUAGAGCAUGAGUGUAUUGUUUACAUCUAAGAUUGUGUAAAGACUCCUUACAUUGUAUUGGUAAUUCCUUAUAU